AUGAGCAGCACGUCAAACUACAGCAGCAGCCAGAAAAACAUCAGCUCCAGCACCACUACCAGCAUCGCUACAUCAAGCAGCAGCAGCCUGACCUACAUCAGCUCCAGCACCACAACCAGCAUCGCUACAACAAGCAGCAGCAGCGCGACAAACAUCAGCUCAAGCACCACAACCAGCAUCGCUAAACAAGCAGCAGCAGCCCAACAAACAUCAGCUCCAGCACCACAACCAACAUCGCCACAACAAGCAGCAGUAGCCCGUUCUACAUCAGCUCCAGCACAACAACCAGCAUCGCUACAACAAGCAGCAGCAGCCCGACCUACAUCAGCUCCAGCACCACUACCAGCAUCGCUACAACAAGCAGCAGCAGCCUGA